AUGGCACCUGAACGCGGCGACGUGGAUUCCCUUCUGUUGGAACAAUUCCAACUGGAGGAUCGAAUAGUCCACUUCCAAGCGUACGCUGGAGGAGGAAACGCGGGACACACUUUCAGAGUUCGCAUUGGUGGGAAGAAAUAUGCAUUCAAGAUGUUCAGAUUCGACAAUCCCGAAUUGAACGUCAGUCGAUCAAGUGGCACACGCCGACGAGACUUUUGCGAUCCAUUUUACAUCGAAUGUCGCGCCAACGGCUCCCUCGCUCAGCAAGGUCUUAAUGGCAAGAUCUUUCGAUUCUGUUACGGCUGGACGGAUGUCCCUGAAUAUGCAGAAAUGGAAGUGGCGUCGAGGUUCAAUAUACAACCAUGUCUGUGGGACAGACCUGAUUCGGCGAAGGAUCAAAGAGUCAAGGAAUACUAUUCGAAUGGGUCGAUGGCGAGAUACUUUCACCAGCCUCGAUUACCCAGGAUAUUGCUUCUCAGGCUCGCGUACUUCUCAGGGAACUACAUCAAGCCCACAUCCUUUGGUGUGGCCUCGCUGUGGCGAAUUUCCUAG